UUUUCACACUACUUUAGAUGUGCAGUUGUCAUUUCUGCAUUGGUCAAAGACGCUGCGUAUAUGGCUUCAGGUAAAGUGUCGUAUCCUUCAGUUUUCGUGGUGGACGGACACAUGAGACCCCCUCCGUUACCCCCCAAGCCGGCCAGUCGACAUCGGCGGGAGGCCAUCCAGACUUUGCUGUUCAUCCUUGUGACUUUGGCUCUGUUUGGCAUGGCUGUGGAAGCUUGCUUCAUCUACCGUCUGUACUCAGUCAAAGAAACUAUUAUACUGACAGAUGAACCACAGACUGCCAUGAGCAAACAAGACAAAGUUGUUGCAGAACCUAAAAAAAAUCGUCUUGGAGAAAUGAAGCCAUCAAAACCAAUGGGACAACUGACCACUGGUUUGCGUGUAGAUAAUGAAGUUGUGCUGUGGCAUGAGAAUCAUGACUCCAUCCUUCACUUUAUCAAGCACAAAUCACUUGAGGGCAAACUCAUCAUAGAGAAGGAGGGAUUCUAUUCCGUCUACUCUAAGAUCAACUACAAGGAGGAGAGCAUCUUAUUCACCCACUCUGUCAUCCGGAAUACGCAGCGAUUCGCAGGCGAAGAGAUUCUGCUUCUGCAGUCGUCCAGCUUACAUCCCAAAUUCCCGAGGCCGAGAAGCAUCGAAAACAGCUUUCUCAAUGGCGUGUUUCACCUCUACAAAGACGAUGCAGUCUUUGUCAGGGUAAAAAAUUGUACACUUGUGUUGUCAAACUCUGCUGAAAACUACUUUGGGCUGUUUAUGAUUUAGAUGAAUUCUAAAGACUGCCUUUUAUCAUAUGAGAGAAGGUUGAAACAUUUGAUGGGAAAUUAAAUUUGGUUGCUAUAUUAAGCUUUCUUUUGGAAGUGUACAAAUCUGUCCCUAGACGUAACACCUCGUUUGGCCAAUCAUCUUUUUCUUAUAGAGCCACAUGUCUAUGCAAUACUCUUCCAACAGAAUUGAUCACAUGCACAGACUACAAGAUGUUUUCACGCCUGACCAAAAGGUGGUUUUAUGGAGCCAGAUUAGUCUCAAAAAUAACAUGUUUACAAAAUGAAAUUCACACAUCCACACUUACAAAAUCAAAUUUGUAAGCACAAUUCAUGGAUUUACAAGAAAAAAUCAUAAAUAUUUUCUCCAAAUGAAUGUGAUUUGCAUGUUUAUGAAUCGUGUUUUGAAUUUACAAAUUGGAUUUGUGUGUUUAUGAAUUGUGUUUUGAAUUUACGAAUUAGAUUUGUGAAUUUUCAAAUCAUUUUUUUAAUUUACAAAUUGUACUUUGUGAAUGUAAAUUGUAUUUUGGAUCUAUGAAUUGUAUUUUGUAAAUGUAUUAGUUUUGCGACUGAUCUGGCUCCAUAGUUUUAGUCAAAUAAAAUUUGUACACACUGAGUGGUGUGUUUGAUUUGACUGUGUUCAGUCUGUAUGUGAGUGAGCAGUGUUGGGUGUAAAGUAUUACAAGUAACGCAAGUUAUGUAAUAAUAUUACUUUUUCAAGUAAUGAGUAAAGUAACGCAUUACUUUAAAAAAUGGUCCGUUUCCACUGAGUGGUAUGGUACGGUUCGGUUUGGUAUGCUUUUAUGGCUGAACGCUAUUGGUUUACAGAGAUAUGUCAUUCGCUUACGCAACAAGCCAGAAUGAAAACAAAGAACCUGCCAUGUUUAAAAUACACACAGACGAGCCAAGAGAUUACAGCGUAAUAAUAUAUAUAUAUAUAUAUAUAAUAACGAGUUAUGGUCGACCCGGGCUCAAACAAACCGUGUCGUCAUCUUGAUGAACAGCCACAAAGCCAAAAAGAAGAGCAAAUUUUACCCUGUGCCCCUUAGUUUUUUACGAGCCAGUCUGAAGUGCGAGCGGUUUCGCUUUCUUGCUUGUGCUCACCUCACGUCUAUAUCUAAAAUAGCUAACUUCUUGAGCUGAUGGUAAUAAUGUGUGCUUGAUUAUUGAUGUGCUUUUGAAACCCGAUCCUGUCAGAAACUGACAAACGCGAGAGUGAAGCGCGAAAAAGCAAAGGAGAAGCCAGAAAAAAAAGAGCACAUUAUUUAUUCAGCAAACAUGAACAAACUGCCUUGUUUAACUAUUAUGAUCACCUUUUGUACUAUUAUGAACUCAGAAUAAUGGAAUUACUCUCUAACAGAAGCUACAAGUACUGCUGAAGAUUAAAGACACAUAUGAGAGGUUUGCAAUGACUGUGGGCUAUAUGUUGUUUUUGAAUCUAAAUAAGGACUAAAUGUAUGUUUGUGUAGUUUUUCUGUAGUUGGUAUCAUAUCAGAGACUGUAAGGGGCUGUAUGUGUUCAUAUAUGUUGCAUUUAUUUACUUAUUUUAUAUAAUUACAGACGUUACAGUAGGCUAUUUCGCACUGUCAUUGAUCUGCAGUUAUAAUCAAAUCAUGUUUAUAGAAAAGUUACAUUUAUACAGAAGUAUUUAUGUGUAUAAGGCAUCUGUUUUGAGAGAAGUGCUUCUCACAUGAUAUGCAAGCGACCCAUACAGCUUUACUGUAGACAUUUUCUUGAGUGAAAAUGACGUCGACUGAAACUUUCUGUCAUACACCACGCCCACCAAUAGGGUACCCUUGUAGUGGAAACGCAAGCUUAAUAAAGGUGACCCGUACCAACCCGACCCGUACCGUACUGUACCAGUCAGUGGAAACGAGCCAAAAAAGUAAUAUUAUUUGAGUUACUUCUUUAAAAAAUGUAACUCGAGUUACUUUUUAACUUAAUCAAUACUGUUUUAAAAAAUCAAGUUGAAUCACACUCAAAGAGAACAUGAGCUGCCCACAGGAACAGACUAAACUAAUAAGACAAAAAU